AUGACCCUUCAAGUCAAUGUAAAGACGUUCAACGGAAAUGACAUUGAAUUUCGGCUGAAAAUUCGACAACAGGAAAUGAAACGUCUGUUUGAACGGAAAGAAGAAGAAGUUGAAAAAAUAAAACAGUUCCGGAUUGACAUCAACCAGAAAAUUGACAAUCUUGAAAAGCAGAUCAUUGAUAACAUAGAAGAAAAACACAAAGAAAUAAUCAAAAAGAUUGAAGAGCAAAUAACCAUACUGACAACUAUCCAGACAGAUGUUCAGACUUCAGCAGCAGGUAUUAAAUCCGCCGCAUCCAACGUUUCGCAAAUAUUUGUGGAAACGAAAGCAGCUAAAACAGUUAUAGAGUUGGCAGACAAUGUUCUGAAAAAGAAGAUAGUGGAAUUUAAAAGAUUUGAUGUUGUCUUUGAAGGUCAACAAAAGCUGAUGUCAAUGAUAGACCAUAUGGACAUAUUGGGAGAAAUUGUGGAAAAGCCUGCUAUAUAUAGGCUUGGGGAAAGAAAGGAGAUUAGAAUAAAACAUAAUUCAGACACAUAUACCAAUAAUGAUAUAUACAGUAUAUGUAUGCUGAAGGAUGGGUCUGUUAUAAUCGCUGACAGAUACAAUAAAAGUUUAAAGCGUCUUGACUUGACCUCAUCUAAAAUUAUAGAUGUCUGUCAAUUUCUGAGAUCCCCGUGGCAAAUUUGUGAAGUUGGCAAUGAGAUAGCUGUAUCGUCUGGAGAGAUAAACAUUAACAUUGUAACUACUGAAGGUCGUUUUAAAGUAGCACGGGAAAUAAAGACCGAUCAUAGCUGUUAUGGCUUAGGGUACAGAAAUGGUAAAAUUUAUGUAACUGAUACAAACAAGACUGUCUUUGUUUACAACAAGACAGGGACAAUGCUGUUACAAUUUUCCGAAGAUCAGUCAGGUGAUAACUUGUUUGUCAGUAUCUUCAGUCUUACAGUCAGUCAAGAUGGUGAGAGGAUUUAUGUUGCUGACUCGAGAAAUGGUCUAGUAGUUCUUAGUAAGGAAGGUAAAUUACAUGGAAAAUAUAACCCCACCAAUCUCAGAUACGCGAGGGAGAUUUGUGAAACAAAUAGUGGAGAUAUACUUGUUUGUGGUGAAUCAUCUAACAAUAUUGUACAAUUUUCACCAAAUGGUGAGGUGAUAGCAGAAAUACUUAAAUCAGAUGGUCAAGGAGGAGGUUGUGAAGCGGUUUGCAUUGAUCUCAGUCACACGAAGUUGAUAGUUGGACGACGAGUUCGGGAAUUUAUAGAAGUUUACGAUUUAAAUUGA